GAGAGGAAAAUUGUCAAUUUGAGUUUAGUUCCAUUCGGAUGAACAUCUGAAGAAGCGAGCGAGAUAAGAAAAUCGUUUAAGAAACGCGAGUGUAGUUCGAGUGUGAUCGAAGGAUUAUUUUUGUUACAAUCAUGAAGCUGUUGAUUUGUGUACUAAGUGUGUUCGCCCUGGCCGCCGCUCAGGAUAACUUCAAGGAAUGCCUGGACAAGGAUUCGAUCUCCUGCGUGCAGAUGAUGUUCUACCGCAAGGCCCGUGAGUUCUUCGACCAGCCACAGAUCAGCCUCGCCGGAGGUCUUUCCUUCGUAAAGCCUGCCGGCCGUGAGUCGCGCUCGUUCAACGCCGACAAUGCCAUCAUCGAGUCCGCCAACAACGUCGAAAGCCGCGAGGAAGCCUUGGAGAACUACGUGGUGGAGCGUACGAAGAACUUCCUCCAGGAGCGUUCGCUCAACCUGGACAUGGCCAGUGCUGCCCGCAGCAUCUCGACCGUCAUCCCGGAGGAUGUCAAGACCUCCAUGCGCUCCAUGGUCUCGGAAGCCCGUGGCAAGAAGAAGCUCCUCAAGUCGCUGCUGCCAAUCCUCGGACUCGUCAAGCUGAAGAUCGUCGGUCUGGCCAUCUUGGCUCUGUUCGGUAUCGCUCUGAUCGCCAAGAAGGCUUUGAUCGUGUCCAUCAUUGCUCUGAUCCUGUCGAAAUUCCUGUUCCUGAAGAAGCUGCUGUCCGGCAAGAAGGAAGAGUCCCACGCCUACCACGGAUCGUCCGGCGGAUGGGCCGAAUCCAGCGGAUAUGGUGACUAUGGUUCCCACAGCCAGCCUGCCCAUUCGAUCGCCUACGCCGGACACAAGCCCGUCCGAAAGUAAGCGAAAGUCACCAGUGAGGCGCCAUAUUGGAAGCUGAUCGGCUUCUGCAAGCACUUACACAUCCGAGAAAUCCCACUCAUCACACCCCGCCCCGCCCUGCGGAUGGCUGCAUUGAACCAUGCGUAAGCCUGGAGAAGAAAGAGAACGAGACAAAUUAAUUUAUUGAAAUUAUUUAUUACCAUGCGUUUUUCGUUCGAGCGAUUAAUUUAUUGUUAGCAUUAACGAGAUUCAUGUCAAAAUGUUGUUGAGAUUUUUUUGUUUUCUUGAUUAGGAUCUUUUUCUCUUGUCUUUCUACCCUUCCUUUCGAUAUUACACCUUCAUCUGCCUUUACUUAGAAACCACAUUCCUAACGGUGCAGUUCCUCGUUUUCAGAGGGACUCACCACUGCUCACACACACACACGAGCUCUGUAAAUCUCUAUAUCUAUUUUUUACACAUUCUAGUCUAUAUUUUAACUCUCACGCAAGGCUGAUUAAGGUAAUUUGAUCAGUGUCAGAGAAAGCUGAAAAUAGAAAUAAUAUUGCUAACUUACCUGGAACGAAGCUCAUCUAUCCUAGCUGCUACAUUUCACAAACUAUUUUCUUCUUCUCAUGGUCCUGCAAUGGCCAAACCCAACCAGAGACACCCAAUUUCCGGGAAACCCGUCGUCAAGUGGCGUAAAUUUUCUCCUUCACACCAUCUAUUUCAACUCAUCUUCUAUCUGAAUCUAGAUCUUGGCACUCUUCCGCCCGUG